CAUCGACAUCGCGAGCAGAGCGACCGAGUGGGUCCACAAACUGGCACCGGUGAUGGGCAUUUGCGAUCAACUUCGAUCAGUACGCAGAAGUGGAAGGAAAGAAAAUUCAUUCGUAUGUCUGAAAUAAACACACUAGCUGCGGAACAUCUAGACAGGUGGACAAGCUUGACUCGGGUAGCUACGAAAAGGUACAUAGGACAUCUCUUCAGUCCUCUUGCAGACUGGGAUUUCAGAAAGAAGUCAUCAUAAUGGGAAGAGAGUCCAACAUGGCCAUCGCAAGCCUGGCAAUAUUAGUGACACUGAUGUUUGCUUCCCAAGCUGACAGCCAGCAACAGUCAGCCUCAGAAGAAUCAAAGUCUUCCCUCUCAACUUUUCAAGAUUAUUUACGCGCUCGCAGGACGCAGCUCAAAGAAAAUAUUCGUAAAAAGGCUGAAGCAGACUUAGAGGAUUCGAACUCCGCUCUGUCCACUUCACAAGACGCCUUACGCGCACUCGACAUGAAGAUUAAAGCCUUGGAAGCCAAGCUGGACAAGAGGAGUAAAAAAGGAAAAAAACGUGACCCUGACCUUCCUGAUUUAAAAAAAUCGAACUCUACCCUGUGGCCUUCACGAGCUGCUUUUCUCGCCCUCGAGAUGAAGAUGGAAGCGUUGGAAGCAAAGAUGGACAAGAAGAGGGAAAGAGACACCAACUCUACUUUGUCGACUUCACACGAAGCUUUACGAGCUCUGGAGAUGAAGAUUGAAGCCUUGGAAGCAAAGAUGGACAAGGAGAAUGGAGCAGCUAACGACUGCGCUUUGAAGUCGGCCGUGGAAACGGACCUACAGACCAUGAACACAACGAUUGGUGCGGUAAAAUCGACUGUUGACAUCCUUCAGAAAAUGAUGAAGACCAUGGAAUCCAAGAUUGGUGGGACAGCAAGAAACGAGAGUUUUGUGGCUUUAGAGGCAACUGUUGAAGCUCAAGAGAGGAAAAUAAAUGCAAUAGAAGCAAUGAGUGGUCGUCUAGUUUACUUUAGGGCUACCUUCAAAUUAGACCACUUUUGGACCACUCCCAAGGUGGCGGUUUUCGACAUCUUGCUGGAGAACACCGGCAAGGCCUACAACCCUUCCAGCGGCAUCUUCAAGGCGCCUUUCCAAGGUCUGUACGUCUUCACGGUUCAGCUGCUGACACCUGGCGGCCAAAACGUGAAGCUGGACCUGCGUGUGAACAGCAUCAGUGUCAUGCUGUCGAGAGCUGUAUCAGUCAAAGAAGCCAGCACCGUCUUUGUCCACGGGACCUCGCUGCAGGCUGGAGACGAGGUGUACGUGUACCACACGGUCGCUUGUGAGAUUUUUGGAAGAAUGUCCAGCUUCUUCUCCGGAUGGCUGGUGAAGUCGUACUAGGCAUCACAGUCAAUUAAAACAAAAUAAAACAGAAAAUGUCAGACGUUUUCUAGGCUUAUUGACCUCUAGUUGGAGUAAUAUUCGUUUUUGAGCUUUUACUGCUUCUUCUUGUUUGUUCGUUUGUUCGCUUGUUUCUUUGAUCGUUUGUUCGUUUGUUUGUUUGUUUGUUUGUUUGUUUGUUUGUUUGUUUGUUUGUUUGUUUGUUUGUUUGUUUAAAAUUGAUUUGGUGUGACUGUACACCGGUGUCAAAGCUAAAGAGUGGUCAACUCUUUCUUUCCUCACUUUCGCCAUGCCGCCUCCACGUACACACCACUCACCCCCAGUGAUGAGCAGAUGUGUGAAUACAGGAAACAGCGGAUGUGUGAUGCUGUGAAAACACAGAGGACUGCUUGCAAUGAGUUGCUAGCAUCCUGUACUGUUUCCAAUGAUGUGUACAUACACUGUCUUUCAAAUCCCGUGUAAACACGAUGUACUGUGUCCAUUGUUGUGCCAUCAAUAAGAUUUCUUUCUACGAUGCAAGCGAUCUGUCUUGUCAACUUUUUCCCUUUUUAAGAAGCAAAAAGUCAUUUUGCACUGUAGGUGUUAAUAUUUAAGCAAUACAUUUGGUCAUCUUGUUUUUCUUGUCAAAAAAUGCAUUCACUUUGAUCUGAAGGCUUUUCAGUAAUAAAAUAUCAACAGUGUUACUAAUCUGAUCAUUUAAAUUAUUUUGUCAUCGGCUUUGUUCUCGUUGAUUGGCUGAAUUGUAAUUGUUGUUGAUCAAGAGACUGAUGA